GUGAGAGAGCGAGUGAGAGUGAGUGGGUGAAAUAAAUCCACACUUCUCUUCCUUCACUCACUCACUUGUCUGUGUUUUUCUCUGUAAAGUGACAUCAGGAGGAGCUUUCUCUGCUUUUACGCACAGACACGCGUCUGUGUUCCAGUGAAGCUUCAGCUGCAGCUUCAGAUCACAUUUCACAUUCAGCUCCGAGCAGCUGAGAGACAGAGAGAGAGACACACACACAGAGAGAGAGACACAGAGAGAGAGAGAGAGAGACAGGGAGAGAGACAGGGAGAGAGAGAGAGCAGGAGGAUCGUGGUCUCCGCGCGCUCGGCGCGACAAGAAUCACUGAGGAUCCAGCGAGUGCGCAGCGCAAAUAUCAACCAACUGGGAUUUUUAACAUUUUUAUCAUCAACGUUUUUCCUCCUCCUGCUUUUUUUUUCUUCAUUUUUAUGAAUUUGUGCAGGAUUUCAGCGGCUCACGGGUUCAGAUAAGAAGCAGCAGCAGAAGAUGGACGAGCAGCCGAGGCUGAUGCACUCUCACACCGGGGUGGGGAUGACAGGACACCCCGGUCUGCCGCAGCACAUGCAGGAAGGCACCGGAGCCGCGGACGGCGACGGCAGGAAACAGGACAUCGGAGACAUUUUACAGCAAAUCAUGACCAUCACUGACCAGAGUCUGGACGAAGCGCAGGCCAGGAAACACGCGCUGAACUGUCACAGAAUGAAACCUGCGCUUUUCAACGUGCUGUGUGAAAUCAAAGAGAAGACGGUGCUGAGUAUCCGCGGCGCACAGGAGGAGGAGCCUCCAGAUCCUCAGCUCAUGCGGUUGGACAACAUGCUGCUGGCAGAGGGCGUGUCCGGCCCGGAGAAAGGCGGGGGCUCUGCGGCGGCGGCUGCUGCAGCGGCAGCGUCGGGAGGAGUCGGCGCCGACAACUCCACGGAACAUUCGGACUACAGAGCUAAACUUUCACAGAUCAGACAGAUUUACCACACAGAGCUGGAGAAAUAUGAGCAGGCGUGUAACGAGUUCACCACUCACGUGAUGAACCUGUUGCGGGAGCAGUCGCGCACGCGGCCGAUCUCGCCCAAGGAGAUCGAGCGCAUGGUGAACAUCAUCCACCGCAAGUUCAGCUCCAUCCAGAUGCAGCUGAAACAGAGCACCUGCGAGGCCGUCAUGAUCCUGCGCUCACGCUUCCUCGAUGCCAGACGGAAAAGACGAAACUUCAACAAACAGGCGACAGAAAUCCUGAACGAGUAUUUCUACUCGCACCUCAGUAACCCUUACCCCAGCGAGGAGGCCAAAGAGGAGCUGGCAAAGAAGUGUGCCAUCACGGUGGCUCAGGUUUCCAACUGGUUUGGGAAUAAGAGAAUCAGAUACAAGAAAAACAUUGGUAAGUUCCAAGAAGAAGCCAACAUGUACGCUGCGAGAACUGCCGUCAAUGCGGCUAAUGCAUCCUCACAUGGAAGCCAGGCAAAUUCACCCUCCACUCCAAACUCUGCAGGUUCUGGUGGCUCUUUUAACAUGUCAAACUCUGGGGACUUGUUCAUGAGCGUUCAGUCUCUCAAUGGGGACUCGUACCAGGGGGCUCAGGUGGGAGCCAACGUUCAGUCACAGGUGGAUACCCUUCGCCACGUUAUCAGUCAGACAGGCGGAUACAGUGAAGGACUCACAGCCAACCAGAUGUACAGUCCGCAGGGCAUCAACGCUAACGGCGGCUGGCAGGACGCUCCUACGCCCUCAUCAGUGACUUCACCUACAGAAGGACCUGGCAGCGUUCACUCCGACACCUCCAACUGAUCCUCCACACUCAUCCGUACUCUGCUUCCUUCCUUCCUUUCCUUCCUUCAUCUGCUGAAACUUGACUCCUAACCCCACGGUGACUGACACUCUGUAUGUAGUCACACUGCAGGACACAUUUGGGGACUGGGACAAUGUUUUCACCAUUACGGACAAACAAACCCAAAACAAUUCACUCUUCCUGUUUGGACCACUGCCGCACCGUUAGCAGCCUGUGUCAAGGGGGGAUCCUGAUCCUGAUCCUAAUCCUAAUCCUGAUCCACACUCGCAGUUUGUACGGUUUCCACUUGAUGUCCUUGUUGCCUCAUUGUAUUUCUCUUACAUUAUACAUUCACACAUUAGCCACCGUUAGCUUCCUCUUUUAAAAAAACACCACAUCAUCUUCUCUCAUGAAGAAUCUGUCUUUAUUUUUUCUUUCUUUUGUUUAUUUCAUUUGUCUAUAGUGCCAAAGUUUAAGCCUGGAGGUAGAUUUUGAUAAUCACAUGUUUUUAAUGCCUCAACCGAGAAAUUUUUCACACCAUACUUUGCGAGUAUGUAAUAUUUGUCAGGUAAUAUCCGAGUAUUUGGCCUCUAAUUAUAUCCAGAACUUAACUUAGAGCAGACGGUGACAGGUUUUAUAUUUCGCUGGUGCAGUAGAAGCUUCUCUGCUCGUCCGUGAAACAGAAAUUUUAUUCAACAGAAAGACACUUUUUUUACAUGAGUGAUGAACAAAUUGAGCGCUCAAGCUGCAGAAACUGAAAAAUUGAUGCACAAUAAUUUGUAAAUGUCACAGAGAAAACAGAACAGAUAUAAUAACUAUGUAAUAGUCAUAUAUGGAAACAUGAAAGUGUGAGAUGGUGAGAGCCAAAAACUGCUGUGUAACCAAAUCUAACUAAAACAAAUCAAAACAUAGCUCUGAUUUUUGUCACAUGAUUGGAAUUUCACAAACUCUACGUCUGAUUUUAAAUAAAACACACAGACAAACUGGAAACCAAGUUGUUUCUGUACAGAAUAUAUAUGUUCAAACAUAUAUAGAAUAAUUAGCAUUUGCAUACUUGAUAGCAUAAAAUGGCAGAAUUUUUAUCCUCAUACAUUGGAAUCAAUAUUAUGUUUUUUUAUGAUUUCUCUUUCCUGUGAGCGACUCAUGAUGUUUGUCCGUUAUUCAAAGUAAAAAAAAUGCAGUUGUGUUUAUAUAUGAAUGACAUGGAAAAUACCCUGGUGGCACACAAAUCCAGAUCUAUUUUUAUGUCUCCAUUUUUAUGAAUAACUUCUUAUUUUUGCUUUCUUUUCAAUUCUACCAUUUUAUGUGAAUUAGCUCAAUAAUGACAUCUAUACAGUUCGCAACCUUUGCUCUUGUUUUACAUGCUUGGACAGUGGCUAUUUAAUCACAGCCUGGUUGAAUACGUGUCAUAUUUAAAGGUCAAAUUUGUCUCAGAUAGGGAUGGGUAUCAUUUAUGGACUAUUUGAUUAUUAGCUUAAUUAUAUAAAAAAAACUGAUUAUUCGGAAAAUCUUGACGAUACAAAAACAAAUGUUUUAUUAAUUUUUAUAAAUCUUUUUAUUCCAGUAGCUACCUAAUUUGUGCUACAAUUAUAUUACCACAAGGUGGCAGCAGCAACAAGCAUGUAGUUAGCAGACGUCAUGUAUGUUUGCAGAAGUGAUUACAUUUGCGAGGUUUCUUGAAAGCAUCUCAUUAGCUUCUCUUUUUUCAUUUUAAAUUGUUAAUAGAGUACUUUAACACGCAGUUAACUGUAAAUAACUGACACAUAUUGCGUAUUUCCACCAGCUCUACUCGACUUGCCUCGGCACGGCACAAUUAGGUUGCAUCUCUGCCACAAAAAAAGUACCUCCUUAACGUGGGUGGAGUCAUCACUGCACGGCUGAGUGAAACUGUGGUGACUUAAUUUUAUAUGCGACACACACACACACACACACACACAAGUGACUAGUGACUUUACACCAGACUCCUGGUAGUUGUUGGAGAUUAACCCAUGUUUUUAGAAUUGUUAAGUAGUUUUAAGUGAUCUACAGUUCAGCGCUGUUCGGCUUCAUUUGUGUGUGGGACGUCUCUUCCUGUGACGGCACUCUGGUCAGUCAGUGGCCGGCAGUCUGACCAACCAUCGCAUAGUUUCCUACUUAGCACACUUGGAACCUCGCCUGAGCUGGUACUAAAAAUAGUACAUGGUACCAGGUUACUAUGCUAAAAAAAUUGAUGUGGAAAAAUGUAUGUAUUUUUAAUCAUAUAAUAAUCAUAAUUUAAUAAUAAAUAUGAAUAUUAUUAUCAUGAUAUCAUGAUAUGACGAUAACAUAAGCGCAGAUAUCGUCUCAUGUCACCAUAUACAGAUAUUGUAAUCAUAAACUGGUCAGUAAUAAACCUACCAGUUCUUGGUUGAUACCCAUCCCAGGUCUCUGAUAGCUGCUGUCCAGAUGUC